AUCAAACGCAACAAGAUUUUUCAUUCCGAAUGGAGGCGCGAUUCGCUCGGUUAGAGACUUUAAUUGUGAGUACUUGUACAUUGGACAAACUUAUUGAUUUGUUGGAAAAUGUUUUAUAUGGGGAAAUUGAUCUAGACGAAGGAGUGUGUGGAGUUUAUGAUCAUGUGGAUGAACUUAUAAAGACGCUCCGGUUGUUUCGCCAUACUACUGGUCAGCCAAAUUAUGACUCCGACUUGUACGCGUUUGAUGUAGAAAUCUCUUGCUCCAUACAAGAUAUGGUUCGUGGUCCCCCAAUUUUGCCGAGUUUGAUUCCUUGGGAGUUACAAAACUUUAGAACAAACAUGUUGGGCUGUAUAAAAAUUCUCAUUGACACUCCGCCAUAUGCGCCAAAUGUGGUCUCUACAGCAAUUGAGCAAAAUGCAGAAGCACAGAAUCACGCGUCCAAGGAGGAAUUAAGCGUUGACUCACAAGUUGGAGAAGAAGUGGACAUCGUGCCUGAAGCAAUAAACAAAGAUGACGGGGGUUCCAACGUUGUGGAAAAAAAUGAAGGUUCUCUUGCAGAAGACGAUGUUGCUAAUGUCGACGAGCCGGAUUCUACUUUUCACGAAUUUUAUAUCUCAGCUGGAGUGGCCAUUGCAAAGUGUGAUGUUCUAAAUAGUGUUGACAAAGUGGCAGAUGCAUAUGCUAAGCAAGCACACUCACCUAUGUUGAUUGACACCAUCACGCUGUUUAAGCUUGUCGAUGUGGUCAAGACGGAGCACCUGAUUUCAACGAGAGCAACUACAUAUGUUCUACUCCCCAUCUCAUCUUUCCAUCACUUUGCUCCAAGAUCCAAGAUGACCUCAAAGUUAUCAUCAUCGCCCCUUCUCCUCCUCUCCAUGCUCUUCAUUUCCUCCUUCACCACUCCUAUUUCCGGCUGCGGUGGCUGCGGCGACAAGAGGCCGCCAACUCAUCACAAGCCCCCGAGCCACGGGGAACCCGGACUCAAACCUCCGGGCAUAUUGCCACCCAUCAUCACCAAGCCUCCAGGAAUAGGAGGAGGAGUAGGAGGAAUUGUCCCUCCGGUCACCCUGCCGCCGGUAACGCUGCCACCGGUGACGACCCUCCCGCCGGUGGUGACUCCGAUCACCAACCCGCCAUACUCGGGGUCGGGAAAACCUUGCCCAACCCCACCAUCACCAGCGACGUGCCCCAUCGACGCCCUGAAGCUGGGGGGGUGCGUGGACAUCAUGGGGGGGUUGAUCCACAUCGGGCUGGGAGACCCGGCGGUGAACGAGUGCUGCCCGGUCCUCAACGGGCUGCUGGAGGUGGAGGCGGCGGCGUGCCUCUGCACAACCCUAAAGAUAAAGGCACUCAACCUCAACAUUUACGUCCCACUCGCCCUUCAGCUCCUCGUCACCUGCGGCAAGACUCCUCCACCCGGUUACACUUGCUCCCUUUAAACCCUCAUGCCAAAAGGUUCGCAAUUACGUUCAAGGCGCGGUUAAGGUUUGAAGGAUUGUCAUGAAAGGAUGUCAAACUGUUAGGCCCGUGAUUUCAUUAUUAUUUAAAUCUUAAUUAUCUACCCUACCCUAGACUCUCUCCCUCCCUCCCCAUUAUUGCUUUCAAAACUCUCGCUACAGUGUGUUGUGGACUGGAUUUGUACGAGCACCUUUGUUUUUUUCUUUCUUAAAAUUUGCGGUUGUGAUUUAUUUUUCAAGGGCUAAUUAUUUCAAUUUUAUUCACUUCCUUUGAUGAGGGACUGAAAUUUCUAAGUGGUAGGGUGUUGGGUAAUUGAACGUAUCGAAUAAUAGAUCUCGACUUAC